UUGAUCGGUUGAGUUUUCAUCAACAUGGCGAACUUUCGUUAAAACUAACAAACACAAAUCACAAAAUAGUCAAAAAUAGCGGAAUUUAUCUGUUUUUUCGUUCUAAAUCAAACGUGGCAAAGCAGGUCAACUUUCGUUGUUGUUUUUUCCCUAACUACCGAUAAUUGAACAGGUAAAAGUAAUUAUUUGGGCACGAAGGCGUCUUCGAAGAAGUAAUCUUUAAAUCAGACCGAUAGCAAAAUAUGCAAGGAUCAAUGAACUUUUGAGAAGAUAUUUUCUGGAAUUAUUAGAAUGCCGCGCCGCGGGCAUGAGUUGGAGGUGCGAGCGGCUCUUAAAAAGGUGAAGGCUGUUGAGGAGCCAUCUAGUUUGGACGUCAGUUUCAGUGACGACGAGGCAUUGCCUCCAGGUAUCGUCUUCACAGAUGUUUUACAAAAGAAAUGGCGAAUAGGAAAGCCUAUAGGCAGAGGCAGCUUUGGAAGAAUUUAUUUGGCUUCGGAUGAUACAGACAAGGAGGUGACUAAGCUUAAUGCUCGGUAUGUGGUCAAAAUCGAACCACACACCAAUGGGCCUUUAUUUGUUGAAAUACAUUGUCUUAUUCGGACUGCGCAAGUCAAUGAAGUCAAAGCAUGGAGACACCAAAACAAGAGGAAACGAUUAGGCAUGCCCAUUUAUAUAGCAAGUGGAUCAUUUACCGAUGAGAAUGCGGGCGUCAAAUAUCGGUUCCUAGUGCUGCCGCGCUACGAUGUAGACUUGCAGAAAAUCAUCUCAAGAACUAAAGUGCUGGACUUGAGAAAUGUACUUGUGAUAGCCAUACAAAUACUCGAUGUAUUAGAGUAUUUACAUAACAAGGGAUAUACGCAUUCAGAUAUAAAAAGCUCCAACCUUAUGCUAGGCUUUGAUGGAAAUAAAUAUAGUAAGGGACUCUCUAAACCCCCACCGUCAUUCCAAAAAGACGAUAAGCAAAUUGUGUUGCUCUCAAAGAAGCAUAGAAAAGCUAAAAGUACCAGGUCUCGAGCAUCCAAUUAUUAUGAUGACGAAGAUUAUAAAACUAGAGAGAGAUCCUCCACAGAAACUCAAGAGGAAAACGACAAAAGAUUGGCCACUGUCAAACGGAAGCUAAGGAAAAUCCUCUCCGAGAAAGACAGUAGGACAUUACACCGUCAUCAUGCUUUCAAUCUCAGGCAACUGUCAAAUUAUGUCAACUACGAAGAUUUGAACAGUUCUGUAUGCUCAGACCAAUCAUAUCAAAAUUUUCUUGACGAUUUCGGCCAAAUUUACUCACCUAGAAAGGUUUAUAAUAAAGAAUUGAAUGACGAAAUUUGCAAUACUAAAGAUAUAAAUGAAAUUCACAGGGAAGCAGUUUUGUCACAGUCUAACGGUCAAAUCUAUUUACUUGAUUAUGGACUUGCAUCAAAGUUUGUAGAUUCGAAUGGGAAGCAUAAGCCGUUUGAUAUGGAUGCUAGGAAAGCUCAUGAUGGUACCUUGGAGUAUAGUUCUAGAGACUCUCACAUCGGGGCUCAUUCCAGACGUUCGGACUUAGAAACUUUAGGUUUCAACCUCCUCGAUUGGCUCACGGGGACUCUACCAUGGAAAACGACAGAGGUUUUAGCGGAACCAGACUUAGUGCACGUUUUGAAGAAAAACUUUAUGAACGACACAAAGUCUCUUCUCAAAACCUGUUUCAAAACGGAAUUCUACCCUCAGUUUAUGGAGAAGUAUUUGCAAUAUGUAAAAAGUCUGGAUUUCACCGAAAAACCUGAUUAUGAUUAUUGCAAAAGUUUGUUCCGAAAUGAGUUACUGAAAAAUGGGUAUGUCCUAGAUAAAGAAUUGAAUGUGAACUUUGCUGAGACACCGAUGACUCCAAUCAGAAACAAGUUGUGUUACUCAAAACGGUUUGGUAGGAAGAACACUCCACAAGAUUUCAUUGCACGAAACGGUAUUAAGAAAGCUUUCGAAAGAGAAAACGUCUGCUCAUUAGAAAAUGACUUGAAACUAGAACUCUUAAAGCAAACUUUGAACACAUCAAGUGACGGCAUCCGUAAACCUUGUGCAUCUAGAAACUUUUUCAUUUCCGACGCAGACUUAGUAGCACGUUUGAAGAAAUCUCUGAUGCCCCACGAUGUAUUUGGCAAGAAAUUAUCCCCUAAGAACUUACGGUCAAACAAGAAAAAUGUCACAAAACGCAAAAGUGUGAGGAGACAUAGGAAUAGUAUUGGAAAAUUCGGGAAAUUUAUGGGUUCAGCCCGACAGUUCACUUGGGCAGAGAUUUUAGCUGGCAACCCGGAAGAUAUCAUCCGCAAAGAGCGUAACCCUGUCACAGACAACGAAGAAGAAGAUGACGAUUCGACAUGCAAGUAUAGGAUAAGGAAGCUGUCGAGUGCAUCAGAAAAUUCUGACACCCAAUCUCCUUUGUUACAGAAUGAGUUUUUACAUGACAAAAAUCCGACUUACGCUAUGAAAGAAGUCAUAUCCAACUUAACUAACAGAAUAAACCGUAAAUCAUCAAAAGAUGUCGAUGACAAAAAUCCUCAGAUCGAAGGUUACACUCCGGCAAUGAUGAAAUAUUAUUUGAUUAAGAAGAAACGAGAAGCCGAUGAGAAAAUCGAAGCUCAGAAGAAGCAGCAUUGCAUCAAGGAGGUUACAGUACGAUGCACUCGAUCAAUGGCAAAUAAUUCCAAGAAAACUCAAACAAGGUCCACAUCAACGAAAAGAAAGACUGAUGCAAACAUUGAGCAGAAAACUGUAAAUAACACUGAAGAAGCAACUCCUAGAAGGAGUAAAAGAAAUAAAAUUAAGGACAAGAGCAGUCCAAAGGAUGAAGUCACAGUUGUGGAGAGUCCUAAGAAUACAACUAAAAAUAAAAAAACUGUAAGAAAAACCACGGUUACAGUUAACCGGAGGCAAUUAAGAAGCAGUAAACGCAAAAAGGGCUAAGUCAACACGAUAUAUUAAGUUUAAAAGUAUCAAAGUUCAAAAAAAGUUACAAUUUAAGCACCUAUGUAUAGUACGCGACAAGUCGAGAUAGCAGUCAUAUGAGGCGAGGGGACACCUCGCACACCAUCACGACCUGUCGUGUACUAAAGUAAUUACUAUAAUUAUAUUGCUAUAAUUAAAAUUCUUGCAUUUAAUUGAAAAAGAAUGAAGAUCACAUCUAAUUUUUCUAUUUUCGUAAUUUUCAUGUUAAUAUCAUAAUUUUCGUGGGUAUGUAUUUUCCUACAAUGCGAGAAGCGAGAGGUUGACUGAAGAAC